AUGGCUAAAACCAUAAAAAUAAGAAUGAUGGACAAUACGAUAGAAUUAGAUUUGCCGUGCAAUAUACUAACACAAAGCACAAUUAAAAGUCAAUUCCUUCUGGAUCGUGAUGCAAUUGUAUCAAUGAGCUACGAGUCUAACGGAAGUAAGUAUGGGUGCUUAAUGAAUGAAUCUGGUACAGCAUUUAUUCUACCAGAUGGCUGGCCAGAUAUCGAUUUUUUUGUGGAAUCCAACAAGACACCUUCUCGACCUUGUUCUUCAUGGAGUUUCGAAGCCGCUCCUGCUCCUCCAAAGAAACGCAAAAUCGAGCCGGAAUAUCAAGAAAUGCCUGUUGAUGGUGACUUGGCUGCUACCAUUGGAAGAUACGCUUUAUACUACAAUCUAGACAAAGACAAUUAUAAGAGAAGUGCGAUCCCAUUGACUCCAAGACUUGCUGCAACUUUUCGACACGGCGAGAAUAAAUCAUUUGAAAUAGGUGACCAACUUGUUAUCCGUUCUUGGUCGGACAAAACACUUGAAGUAACAACACGAGUUGCAAAAAUUAUUGAAGAACUUGACACGAUUAUUCUGGAAUCGCUUGGAUCAGAUCUUUGUGAUAAAGAUUUAAUCUCGAAUUCAGUCCUACCUCGAAAGGGAAUGCAGUACCUGAUGGAUCGAGCGGCUCAGGCUACAGUGGUGGGAGCUGCUGGAACGAACGCGGCCAACUGA